GGGCCUGCCGCCUGCUGUUUCAUCCACCGCGGUUCCUCCGUUCGGUGCGGCGUGGCGAUGCCUAGCGGUGCGGAGCACCCCGGAGACAGCGCCGCGCCGGGACCCACCCGCACAUCGACCGCGCACGCCGAGGCCCUUAGCAGUAAGAUUAAAGAACAGAAAGUUAUUGUGGAUGAACUUUCUAACCUGAAGAAGAAUCGGAAAGUAUACAAGCAGCAACAGAACAGCAACAUAUUCUUUCUUGAAGAACGAACAAAAAUGUUGUCUGAAAGCAAAAAUAAAUUAGACGAACUAAGAAAAGAUUACCAAGAAGUAGAAAACUCAGAGACAACCAAAGUCAAGACACAGUCAGCCUGACUUCACAUAACCAUGUGUGGCAUUUGCUGUUCUGUGAGUUUCUCUGUUGAGCACUUCAGUAAAGAUUUAAAAGAGGAUUUGCUGUAUAAUCUCAGACGGCGGGGCCCUAGUAGCAGCAGACAGUUAUUAAAAUCUGCUGUUAACUAUCAGUGUUUAUUUUCUGGUCAUGUUCUUCAUUUAAGAGGUGUUUUGACUGCCCAACCUGUGGAAGAUGAAUGUGGCAAUGUGUUCUUAUGGAAUGGAGAAGUUUUUAAUGGAGUACAGGUUGAAGCAGAAGAUAAUGAUACCCAGGUCAUGUUCAGUAGCCUUUCUGCCUGUAAGAAUGAGUCUGAAAUACUGUCGCUCUUCUCUAAAGUGCACGGCCCGUGGUCGUUUAUAUAUUACCAGGCCUCCAGCCAUUGCUUGUGGUUUGGCAGGGACGUGUUUGGCCGCCGUAGCUUGCUUUGGCAGUUUAGUAACCUGGGCAAGAGUUUCUGCCUCUCUUCAGUUGGUGCCCAGAUAUCCGGAGGAGCAGACCAGUGGCAAGAAGUUCCAGCAUCUGGAAUCUUCCAAAUUGAUCUCAAUUCUGCUGCUGUUUCCAGAUGUGUGAUCUUAAAAUUAUAUCCUUGGAAAUCUAUUUCUAAGGAGAAUGUUGCUGAAGAAUGUGCUAAUGAGCUGACUCAGACUCCAGCAGAAUUGCCAGAGUUUGUAUCAGUGGUAAUAAAUAAAGCCAACUUGUACCUCUCAAAACCCAUUGUCCCCUUAAACAAGACGCUGCCUGAGGUACCCUUGGAGACCCAAUGUAGAAACAGUUCCAGCGUUCCAGGGUCAAGAGAGACACUUGAGAUACUUCUUAGAGAUGAACACACACAAAGAAUAGUUCAGCAGUUCAUUGACGUCCUCAGUGUUGCAGUCAAGAGACGCACCUUAUGUUUAGCUAGGGAAGAAAACUUGGCAUCAAAGGACGUUUUAAAAACUUGUGGUAAGAAAGCAAACAUUGCGAUCCUGUUUUCCGGAGGUGUUGAUUCUAUGGUGAUCGCAGCCCUUGCUGAUCGUCACAUUCCUUUAGACGAGCCAAUUGACCUUCUGAAUGUGGCUUUUUUACCUAAACAAAAGGCAGGGCUGCCUAUUCCUAACGUAGAAAGAAACCAGCAAAACCACUGUGAGAUCCCUCCUGAAGAGUCCUCUCCGAGCACUGCUGUGCCUCAGGGUCCACAUGACGCCGAGGUGCCAGAUCGAGUCACAGGAAAAGCAGGACUGAAGGAACUACAGUCUGUCAACCCUUCUCGAACUUGGAAUUUUGUGGAAAUUAAUGUUUCUCUUGAAGAAUUACAAAAACUAAGAAGAGCUCGAAUAUGUCACUUAGUUCAGCCAUCGGACACAGUUCUGGAUGAUAGUAUUGGCUGUGCUGUCUGGUUUGCAUCUAGAGGAAUCGGUUGGUUGGUGACCGAGGAUGCUGUGCAGUCUUACAAGAGCAGUGCAAAGGUGAUUCUCACUGGGAUUGGUGCAGAUGAGCAGUUGGCAGGUUAUUCCCGUCAUCGUGCCCGCUUUCAGUCUCUUGGCCUAGAAGGAUUGAAUGAGGAAAUAGCAAUGGAAUUGGGUCGCAUUUCUUCUAGAAACCUUGGUCGUGAUGAUAGAGUUAUUGCUGAUCAUGGAAAGGAAGCAAGAUUUCCUUUUCUGGAUGAAAAUGUUGUAUCUUUCCUGAAUUCUCUGCCAGUUUGGGAAAAGGUAGACCUGGCUUUGCCCCGUGGAGUUGGUGAGAAGCUCAUUUUACGCCUUGCAGCUGUGGAACUUGGUCUCUCAUCCUCUGCCCUUCUGCCCAAACGGGCCAUACAAUUUGGAUCUAGAAUUGCAAAACUAGAAGAAACUAAUGAGAAGGCAUCUGAUAAGUGUGGAAGGCUCCAAAUCCUACCUUAGACAACCUCUCUCAAGAUUACAUAAUGACUAUUCUACCAUAUAACAGUACUGUGUGACAGUUACCUCAAAAUAAACAGCUGCCGCCUUACGGGAUGUAGUAGUCUUGC